AUGGCCGACGCAGCAACAGCAGCAGCGGCGAAGCCGCCGCAACGGCGACAAUCCUCCCCCCUCAAGAACGGCUACCUCAUCGCCUACAACUUCGUCUCCGCCGUCGCCUGGGCCACCGUCCUCGGCCGCACCGUCGCGCUCUUUGCGCUCCGCGGGCCGCAUUUCGUUCAUCUCGGUGUGGGCGACUGGACGCGGUGGACGCAGACUAUGGCUGCCAUGGAGGUUCUGCACGCUUUGCUCGGCGUCGUCCGCGCUCCCGUUUUCACGACCGUAAUGCAAGUCCUAUCCCGCUUCGUCCUCGUCUGGGGCGUCGUCUACCCGUUCCCCUACCUCGCCCGCAGCCCCUGGUACUCGUCUAUGCUGCUCGCCUGGAGCGUCACCGAGGUGAUCCGCUACUCGUACUUUGCGCUCACCCUCAGCGGGUUCCAGCCCAAGUUCUUGACGUGGCUGCGCUAUAACACGUUCUUCGUGCUGUAUCCCAUCGGCAUCACGAGCGAGUGCGUGCUGAUUUACUACGCUGCGACGCCGGCAAGGCAGUUUGGGGAGUUGGUGCCGUGGAUUUCGUAUGCUAUUCUUGCUGUUUAUGUUCCUGGAUCGUAUAUUCUCUACACGUACAUGAUGAAGCAGAGGAGCAAGGUUAUGCGCAACUUGAAGGCCGAGGAGGCGGGCCGCUCCAAGACGCAGUAA